AUGGAGUAUUGGGUACAAUGCUUUGAGAAUGAUGAGUUUACGAAAGAUGAUUAUGAAAGUCUUGAAGACAAAGUUGUGGAGAAUGAAGAGGUGUAUCGUGCAAAAGAAGUUGAAGAUUUUGGAGAUUCAAAAGUUGAAGGAGAAUUUGAAAUGGUGAAUAAGGAAGAGGUAAGAAAAGGUGUUAAAGAAGAGAUUGAAAAAGUGAAGGAGGAUGAAGUGAAAAUAGAAGAUUUAGAAGAAGGAAGUGCUAAAGAACAGGCAAAAGUUCAAGUUGGUGAAUUAACAUCUUCAGAAAACCCAAGAAUUGGGUCUCUGUUAUAUGCGGGCGUAGUUGAGGGGUUGGUCGAGCGCGCGGUGGCUGGAGGCGGAGAUCUUGCCGUGGACGAGGUUGGUGUCGAAGUGGCCGGUAGAGGCGGAAGGAAGCUUGUAAGCUCAAAGACUUCUCUGGAAGAAGAAAAAGGAUUGUUUCACCGGGGAGGAUUAGGUGGUGGAGGCGGUGGUGGAUUCGGAGGUGGCGGUGGCGGUGGAUUGGGUGGAGGUGCUGGUUCUGGUGGUGGAGCAGGCUUUGGUGGAGGUGCUGGUGCUGGUGCUGGUGGAGGAGCAGGUGGUGGACUUGGUGGAGGUGGUGGUGGAGGGUUCGGGGGAGGCAGUGGCGGAGGAGUAGGUGGCGGGUCUGGUUUUGGAGGAGGAGCUGGUGGUGGGUUUGGAGGAGGGUCUGGACUUGGUGGGGGAGCUGGAGGUGGUGGUGGUGGUGGAGGGUUUGGCGGUGGUGGUGGCGGGGGACUUGGUGGAGGUGCUGGUGGCGGAUUUGGUGGAGGAGCUGGCGGCGGCGUUGGAGGUGGACUGCCUUGA